CGGCUUAGCAUCAUUCCGAGUUUGUUCUCUGUUCUGUUUGAACGUACUUAAUUAAUUCUCUGCCAAAAUGACUGGUCGCGGAAAGGGAGGAAAGGGAUUGGGAAAAGGAGGAGCAAAGCGCCAUCGUAAAGUGUUGCGUGAUAACAUCCAAGGUAUCACCAAGCCCGCCAUCCGUCGUUUGGCUCGUCGUGGUGGAGUGAAACGUAUCUCAGGAUUGAUUUACGAAGAGACCCGUGGUGUCUUGAAAGUGUUCCUUGAGAACGUGAUCCGUGACGCCGUCACUUACACCGAACACGCCAAGAGGAAGACCGUCACCGCCAUGGACGUCGUCUAUGCUCUCAAACGUCAAGGCCGCACCCUUUACGGUUUCGGCGGUUAAUUUUCAUAUUCAUCAUCGUCAUCAUUCAAAACAAUCGGCCCUUUUCAGGGCCAACAAAU